CAUCCCAUCACCACCGUCCAACGCCAACACCACCCUUCUCUUUCACGCCAGAAACCGAACCUGCUCUGCAAACUGUCAUUCGAUAAUGACCAUCAACCCGACUUACCUUGCGCAGCGCACGCGCUCCUCUGCGAGCUGGAAUGAUGCGAAGUAUCGUGUGCUGAAGUCGUACCGGGAGUGGCUUCGUGCGUCCCCCGAAAUCCAAACAAUGUACUCCCUGAACAUGCCCGUCUCCGCCAUCCGAACCAAGGUCCGUCAGGAAUUCGAGAAGCACCGCUACGUCCAGCAGCUCAGCGCCGUUGAUGUGCUGUUGUUCAAGAGCCAUGCCGAGUUCCAGGAAACACUCAACUUCUGGAAGCAGCUUUCACACGUGAUGAAGUACUUCCGGCCAGAGGAGAGCCCUGGUGCGCGGUUACCCCCCAACUUUGUGUCUGGGUUCUUGGAGGGCCGCAAUUAGAUUAGAUAUCUUGAAUGCGGUGAAGUUUGCAUUGGGAUUGUGUUAUGGGUCGAGGGGUUAUGUAAAUAUAGUCGGUCUAGUUCAGUUCGGUUUUCAUUCAAACAAACACGUCUAUGUGAUGAUGCAAGUCAAGUUAUAUCUACUAAAACAAUCCGCUUAUAGCCAAUCCCUUGGGAAACUUUUAUAAACGAGAACGCCGGGGAAACAAUAUUAUUACAUAGAAGAAAGGAAG